GUAGUUAAGCUCGGCGUAGGUAACACCUCUUUUAUCUCUCCACCAAGCUUCUCCGCUUUCAACUGUCGUUUUAGUCAAACAAUCAAGGCAGGUCUUCAUAACUAACUUAUAUUUGCAUCUUGAACGCAACAAACGCCCGUCUCCGGAGAGCUUUAGCGGUGGUAAGUGGAGCUCACGCAGGGAUGGCGGAGGUUCCCGGGACUUCGAGUGAGACGAUCACGGAGACCGUUCAGACCAGCACGCCGCCCCCGCCCCAGCAGGAGGGACGAAGCCUGACCAUUAAACUGAGGAAGAGGAAGACGGAGAAGAAGGUGGAGUGGUCCAGCGACACCGUUGACAACGAGCAUCUGGGAAGACGGUCUUCAAAAUGCUGCUGCAUUUAUGAGAAGCCGCGUCAGUUCGGCGAGUCGUCGUCCGAAAGCGAGGGAGACGACGACGAAGAAGGCUGUGGAAGUGCUCACUGCGUCCUGGGCCACGGCCGGAGGGACCACGGACAGAGGGGGGCGGGGGGAACCACAGCGCCUCCCAACUCUGGAGGGACGCACGCCCACUAACCAGCACCGGCGGGUGAUGCUCGGGGGCCCGGAGGGGGCUUCUCCCAACAACGUAUUACAAAGCUGCACUCCUGUUUUAGUUUAGUUCCAUCACAGGUCCAGAUGCCUCACAUCAGAAAGACCCGACAUCGCGGACUGUUGCAUCAUCGUCUCAAAUCACCCGCUCCUCUAGACAGCCAGCUUACGUCUUAGUCCCUAGGCGGCAAAAAAAUCCAACUUGUACAGAUCCGAGCUGCAGAGGUCGUCCCAGCUUCACGCAGCCUGAAGCCCCGCAACCUUCUUCUUUCUGUCCCAUUUGUGAGUCACUGAAGUCACAGGACUUUAUUUUUCCUCAGAAGUUUGGAUUCUUCUUUUCAUCUUCAAAUUUGUGAGUUUAUACAGUUGCAAAUCUGGAGUCCCCUUUCCCCUGAAAGCUGUGAAUUUAGGUUUCUCUCAAUUACAGUGGAAAAAAAUCAUUCUGUUUUGUCACAAAUUCAUUUCUUUCUCCAAAUUUGCGACUUAAAUGAGCUGCAGUCUUCUCAUUUGUUUUGGUUUCUUCCUCAACAACAGGUGGAUUUAAAAAAUCUGAUUAUUUUUGGGGUUUUUUUGGGCGGGGAUGGGGGGGGUAAAUUGCUAGUUCUAGGUUUUCAGUUGCAAAUUUGUGACUUUAUAAAAUGAUGCGUUGUGUUUUAUCUCUGCAUCUAAAAUCUGAGUUUUCUUUCAUCCUCAAGUUUCUUAAGUCACAAAUUCUGAAAUUUUCAAAUUGUAAGAGGAUUUUUUUAAACAUUUUAAAUGU